UACAUUUUGCAUGGUUUUAAUAAAUAGAAGGCACGCAAAUUUAUUUUUCUGCGCUCUACUGUUGAACGAUACUGUUUGCAACUUCCAUUUCUUUGAAAAAGCAAAUAUUCUUAUUCAUAAAAAGGAUGAUUGAAUUUAAGAUUUCCGCACCGGGUAGAAUUUUCUUAAGCGGAGAGUAUGCGGCGAAAUAUGGAAAAAACUUUGUGAUGACCAAUUUAAAUCAUCGUACUACGCUUAAAUUCGCCGAAUUAAUUAAAUAUAAAUUAUUAAGAGACAUUUGUAAGAUAGAAUUCCCUGAUGUUGGUUUAUCAUUGAAUUUACCUUUGGAAUUAGUUAAAAAUUUCCUCCAUAGUUAUGAUAUUCUUGGCACGAAUAGUGUCCGCUUGUUUAAAUAUGUGCAAUACUUUAUUACCGUCAACGGUAUGUGGAGUACAUAUGAGCAAAGAUUUAGUUUACAAAUGUUUUUUUACUCGCUUUUUUUUAUCGUUCAUCGAGAGCAACUCGAUAUAAGACCUUUUUGCGUACACGUGAAGACGAAAAUACCGAUGCACGCUGGUCUUGGCAGCACGGCAUCGUUCGCGGUAUGUGUCGCGGCAUGCUUUCUACAUUGGUCGCGUCUACAGAGAGGUGAUCAUAAUGAAUUUAGUUUUGAUGAAUUAGUACUGAUUGGGACAUCUGCCAUGCAAUGCAGGAAACCUAUAUGUAACGCUAUGUAUCUGACGGACAUUGCUGUAUGUUUAAACAGUAACAUGGCUAUAAGAUGUCAAUUGCUUAAUUGCUACUUAGCUUACAAUAGAUGCUCUUUAUUAACGCCAGAAAAGAGAAUUCUUUUGAUCGAUUCGACUGUUGCCCAGAAUAAGUACCAACAAAUAGAGUAUGUGGCACAAUUAAAAACGUUUUUAUCCCGAGAUUGUUCGAUCGCCAUUUGA